AUGGUGGGUGGGAAACAGGGGAACUUCUCCGGCGACUUUCAUGCUCUCCACGAUGCCCUCAACAAGCGCAUCCAAGACAAUUGCUUCAACACGAAGUCCACCUUCGACUUUGUCACCGACGAAACCUUCUCCUCUUCCCUCCUCAACCACCUCCUUCAAACCCUAUCCACCUUCAACCGCGGCAUCACUCGCAAGAACGCGUUCGAUUUCCUCAUCACGCACCUCUGCAAGCUCAAGUGCAUCGAUGACGCGCUCCACAUCAUCGAAUAUAUGGCACGUACCGACGCCAGAGGCUGCCGCCCCAGUACGACCACCUUCUAUCCCGUCCUGAACAUCCUAUCGCGCCAGAAAGUCAUAAACCACGCGCGGCGCGUGGUGGAUUUCAUGUCCAUGCUUGGCGUGAAUCUGGAUCUGACGGGACACAACUACUUUCUCGUUGCACACUGCUACGCUGGAGACAUGGUUGCCGCUGCCGGAGUUUUGAAGAAGAUGGAGGAAGAUGGGAUUGGUUUGUAUUCAACACACAUGUUUGUAAUUAGGGGUUUGUUGCAGAUGUUGCUCUCUGCGUUUUGGGGUAUUAGGUGCCGUUUUGAUGAUUAA